AUGUCAUUUACUAUAGCACGAAACCUUAGGAGGCACCAGAGAAUCCACACAGGAGAGAAACCCCACAAAUGCUUGGAGUGUGGGAAAUCAUUUGCUCGAAAGUCAUACCUUGUGGUCCAUCAGAGAAUCCACACAGGGGUGAGGCCAUAUGAGUGUGGAGAGUGUGGGAAAUGUUUUUCUAAUCCAUCAGGUCUUAUUUCCCAUAGGAGUGUCCACACAGGAGAAAAGCCACAUAAAUGUUUGGACUGUGGAAUGUCAUUUACUAUAGCACAUAGCCUUAGGAGGCACCAAAGAAUCCACACAGGAGAGAAGCCUUAUGAAUGUAGAGAGUGCGGGAAAUGUUAUGAUAAAGAAUACCUUCUGAGGCAUCAGACUGUUCACACCGGAGAGAGGCCCCAUAAAUGUGUGGAGUGUGGAAAAAGCUGUAUUUCACCAUCGGAACUUGUAAUCCACCGGAGAAUCCAUACAGGAGAGAAACCGUUUGAAUGCAUGGAGUGUGGGAGACGGUUUUCCCAGAAACAACACCUCUGCAGACAUCAGAGGCUCCACACAGGAGAGAAGCCCUAUGAAUGCUGGGAGUGUGGGAAAUGUUUUCAUGGCAACGCUAACCUUCUGAGCCAUAAGACUGUUCACACCGGAGAGAGGCCUCAUGAAUGUGCGGAGUGUGGGAAAAGUUUUCUUGUACCAGCACAGCUUUCAAUCCACCAGAGAAUCCACACAGGGGAGAAACCCUACAAAUGUAUGGAGUGUGGAAAAUGCUUUUCCCAGAAACAGCAACUCAAGGCGCAUGAAAAAAUCCAUACAGGGGAGAAACCCUACAAAUGCAUGGAGUGUGGAAAAUGUUUUGCCCACAAAUCACACCUUCUUGUACACGAGAGAAUCCACACAGGAGUGAGGCCAUAUGAAUGUGGAGAGUGUGGGAAAUUUUUUUCUACUUCAUCACAUCUUCUUGUUCAUAGGAGAGUCCAAACAGGAGAAAAGCCACAUAAAUGUUUAGACUGUGGAAUGUCAUUUACUAUAGCACAAGGUCUUCAGGCGAACCAGAGGAUCCACACAGGAGAGAAGCCUUACAAGUGCUUGGAGUGUGGGAAAUGCUUUUCUCAGUCAUCACAUCUUCGCAGUCACCAGAAAGUUCACACAGGAGAAAAGCCACAUAAAUGUUGA